AUGAGUGGUAUCAAACCUUAAACUUUAAAGAUUGUUUCUAGAUUGAGAAAUGGAUAUUAAUAAGAAAAUAAUCUAUAGGAUGCUAAUAAAAUAUAGAAAAAUUUAUUUGAACAUUAUGACGCAAGAGAUUUAAGAUUAUAAGAUUUACAGGAUUGUUAAAAAGUUUAUAAAGUAAUUAAGAAAGAGACAACUACAAAAUGGAUUUUAUUAUCAAAAUUGGAUGAAUGUAGAGCAUAAAUCAAAUUAGAGUUAUAAUAUCUUAAGAAACUAGUGAUUUUCGUACAGAAUAAUAAACAUGGUUUAAAUAAAUAGUAAUAACUUGAUUUGAAUUAAUUGUUGAUUUUAUUAAAUAUAUUUGAAAACUAUGUGGAUUAAGUUGAUAGUAACACUUAUGAUAAGAAAGAAAAAUAGAAACGGAUUAAAUCAGCAGAAUUAGAAGAAAAAUAAAAAACAAUUAAUGAAUGGAAAAAAUAAGUGAAUAAAAAUGAAAUAAUAUUGGAUAAAAUAUAAUCAUCAAUUUCAGAAUGGAAAUAGAUACCAUUAAAAAUAUUAGAUGAAGCAUUAACAUUAUUAUAUGAACUAAAAUUAAAAUUAUUUUAAGAACCAGACAAUUUUGAUUCUGAAAGAGCAUUAAAAUACUAAAAUUUGAUUUAAGAUCUUAGAAAAAAAUUGAUUCUUGAUUAAUACAAAAGAAGUAGAAAUCAAUUUGAUGAAUUUCAAUAAAUGUAAUGAAUCAUUAAUUUAUAAUUAGAAUUGAUAAUUUUAAUUAUCAUAUUCCAAAACUUUAAGAUAUGAAUUAAUUAAAUUUAUCUUAAUUGAAAGAAAUGAAAAGAAAACUUAAAAAUAAAUCUAAAUCUAAAUCUAAUAUUAGUUAAAUCAAUUCAACUAAAUCAUCUCCAAGAAAAGAGGAAUCUACACUUCAAUAAAAUGAAGUUGAUAAUUGUAUAUAAUAAUACUAAAAGUAAUAUUUCAUAACUAAUUAAAAUUAGAGAAAAAUCAAGAAUAAAUAGAACAGAUAAAGCAUAAUAUAAAUAAGAUAUUAAAGAAUCUUAGAGAGAGGUUUUUAUUGCUAGAAUUAAUUAAGGUUCAAUAUAGAAAUUGCAAUAAAGUUUUGAAAUAAAUAAAUAAAUUACAAGUAAAGGACAUAGAGAAUAUAUAAUAUCAAUGAUUGAUGGAUAAUUAUUAAAACCUUAUACACCAUUAGCUAGAUUAAGAAAAGAGGAUUCAAAAGAGACAUGUCAAAAUUCUAGAAUAAAUGAAAAUUACUCUAGGAAAUAAAGUUAAAGAAAUGCUUCUCCUUAAUCCUUUUUAGAAAGAAUAUCUUAAAAAAUUAAUGAUGUAACUACAUGUGAUGAUGAUGAAGCUUAUUCUAAAUUAGAAUUCCCUGAACUUCAAUUCUCUAGAUAAUAAGGUUAUAUGGGCAUUUAAAAUCGAAAAGUUGUUAAAUAAUAAUAUAAUCAAAAAUUUAUUGAGAAAAUUAAUAAUAAUGAAGUUAAAUUAGUAAAACAAUGUAAAGGUAAUAUAUUUAUUUAUAGUAUUAUAGAUUUCUAUACAACUAGAAUGAAAUUCAAUGAUAAAUUUACUUAAUUAGUUUCUACAUUACAUAAAGAUCGUCCUUUGACUUCUAGUCUAAGAUCAAGAUCUUUAACUGUUAAUUAAAAUUAAAGACAAGAGAAAAUUCAAAAAUUAAGAAAGGUAGCUGAAUAAGCUAGACACAAUUUCUUUUUAAGAAAUAAAGAAUAAAGAAUAUGGCAUUAGAAUCUAGUUGAUCAAUUCAAAUUUAGUGAUAUAACAACUUAAUAUAUUAUUGAAUAAUUGUAAUAUAUUUUAGAAGGUAUUUCUAUUUUAAAUUAAUAGAGGGAUUAUUUAUAUAGGUAGAUGAUAUCAUUAAUAUGGUUUAGUAAAUUGAAGAUUCUUCAGAAAUGAAGGUUACUCAAAAGAGCUGUUAACUUCUUAAUAAUAUAUUUAAUUAUUUCGGAAUUCAAAUUUCUCAAAUAAAUUAACUUUAAAAAUUUAAGAAUUUCAAUUCUUUAAUUGAUUGA